GGCCAGGUCGGGCUCAGUCGGCAGGUUCCAUGCGAUCUGCGUCCGUCGGCAGGGCACAAGACAAGACAAGACAAGACAAGACAGGCGUCCGUAGUAGCUUGGUGCGCACUGCACUAGACUCGCCCGCUCACCUCAGCCAUGAUAGUGGGCAUCAGGUCGUCUCCAGGGCGCAGUCCAUCCAUAAGGAACCCUGCACAUACACACAUGCACACACACACCACAACACCGGUAAUCGAGCACUUGACUCAUGACGAGCCACCCAUCCUUUGUUUUAACCACUUUUCGGCCGUCUCGACGUUUUCCUUGGGCGGCUUACUCAACGUCUCCUCUGUCAGGAAGUGGCGUGGGUCUUCGCUCAUGCUUAGCGCCUUGAGAACGUACUGAGCACAUACAUGCGCAUCCGCCAAACGAGCGACGGUCAAGUAUACACACAUGGAUUCCUUCCCACUCACCGCCUCCAGGCAGCACCGGAGCAGCUCUGGCGUGGUGUAUGGCUCAAAUGUGUCCGCAAACCUUUGCAUCCAGCGCAUCAACAGACCAGGAACGAACAAACCGUGCUAAAAUGUGCGGAUGUACUUACCUUUGGCUGCCUCCGCUGACGCUCCCUGCUGCCGCUUCCUCGCCCUCUCCUUCAGAAACGACAGCGCCUCGGCCGUCUUCUGGGCGGUCUUGCUCAGCGCUGCGGCUGAAGGACAACACAAAGCAAGACACAAAGACACCAACCAAAGGUGUGUGGGUAUGGGUGUGCUGAGGGAUCAGUAAAGCUGUCUGUCUCUCACCGCUGCUGGCCGGUAUGUCCUCGUCGUCGGCCUCGUCGUCUUGUGGCGGUGGCUCCUGCUGCGGAGUGGUGCGGGUGGCGUCGGGCAGCAUCGCUGAGCAGGCAGAAGAAACACGGCAGGCAGGCAGGCACACAGCUUUCAGAAGCCUCUCGUUGUG